ACUCAAAUAAUACUAAAAAUAUAUAUUUAAGGAAAAAUCGUUUAUUGAUAUUUGAUGCAUUAUAAAAGAGGUUGGUUUCUUUUUCUUAUCUCGAACCCAAUUCAUAUGAGCCAAUGGAAAAGAAAAGAUGUGCAGUCGUUACGGGAGGAAACAAAGGGAUUGGAUUUGAAAUAUGUCGUCAACUUGCUUCAAAUGGAAUUGAAGUUAUAUUAACAGCUAGGAACGAGAGUCGAGGGAUAGAAGCUGUCAAGAAACUCCAUGAUUCUGGCCUUCCAAAUAUCCUCUUCCAUCAACUUGAUAUCAAUGAUCCACAAAGCAUCGCAAGUUUAGCUAAAUUCAUUGAAACCAAUUUCAAAAAACUUGAUAUCUUGAUCAAUAAUGCAGCAUUAAUUGGAAUUAUUAUGCAUGAAAAAGAAUUCAAAGCCGGUGCUGGAUUUGUGCAAGUGCUCGAUGAGAAUGUGCAUCUUCUUGCGGAACUCUCCAAUUCACCAAGAAUCGUCAAUGUUACCUCCACUUACGGAGAGCUAAGUUAUCUUCACAAUGAGAAGUUGAAAGAAGAACUACGAGAUAUGAAAAAUGUAACUGAAGAGAGGAUUGAAGAGAUUAUCCAAUGGUUUUUGAGGGACUUUAAGGCCUCAAAGUUGCAGGAGAAUGGGUGGCCUUUAACAGUUUCUGCUUAUAAAGCAGUGCUUAAUGCUUACACACGGCUUUUGGCAAAAAAAUUUCCUAAUUUUAUUAUAAAUUGCGUGCAUCCUGGUUAUGUUGAAACAGAUAUGACCAUUCAAACAGGAUUCAUCAAAGUAGAAGAGGGUGCUAGAGCUCCUGUAAUGGCUGCUUUGUUGCCGGACGAUGACCCUUCCGGUGUUUACUUCCAACAAAUGGAAAUAACCCCGUUCUAAUCUAUAAAUUGGGCAAUGUAAUAAUAAUAAUUAUAUAAUAUGCAUAUAUCUUUGCUUUUGUGGCUUUGUAACAAUAAGAUAU